CAGUAUAUAUCCGCAUCGCAUCUGCACUGGAGUGCAUGCACGCAUGCAUGUAUGUAUGUAUGUAUGCAUUGCAAGAUGGGUCUAGCCAUCUGUCGGUGGAUUGGUCCAGUGGCGGUGUACUCCCAGAGAGGUGGCAUCUCGUAGACGACCCUUGCGGGUUUUGGCAGCGCACAAAGAGACGGCCCGCGCGGUCGCCUGGUAAAUCAAUCAAAUACAGAUUGGCAACGCGGGGGUGCACCUUGCACCCGUCUCCGCUGUCUGCCUCUCUCUCUCUCUCUCUCCAUGUGUGUGUGUGUGCGCCUGUAUUUUACCUACCUUGCCUACCUGCCUAUCUAUCUAUCCAUCUUCCUUCCGUCUUUCUGCCUGCCUGUUUCCCUCUAACCCGUCUUUUUCUCCCUCCUCAUCCUUUCCUUCCAUCCCUUCUCCUCCACUCUCUCUCUCUCUCUCUCUCUAUCUUGUUCUCUCUCACCUUUUCUCCUAUCGCCUGCCUUCUGACUUCGCCCGUCCACCCCAUCCCCCACCGGAUGCCAUGCCCGCCUUCUCUGCCACCCACCUCAGCAAUGGCAUCGUGGUUGCCGGUUGAGUUCGGCCUGGUUCGCUACUCGCCCAUCGAAGGGACCCACUAUUUCUACGAUCCCGUCCACCCCACCGCCAUCCAGUUCCUCUUGAACGGACACUGGGAAUCUUGGGAUGUGAGCUACGUGAAAUUCAAAGCAAGGGAUCCAGAUGUGAAAAGAAUCGCUGAAGAAGCCGAGGCGCACAUUGUCGCCAACCACAUUCCCGGCUAUCGACAAUGGCCAUCCGAGCCUCCAAUGGUAUCGCCUCCAAACGUCGUACCACCAGCUCUACCUUCUCCCAGCAGCGACAACUUCUUUGGUUCUGCUUCACGUGGUCAGCCGCAUGCAUAUGCUCAACACCACUCGCAACCGACUCCUCUAGCCUCUCCUAUGGACGAACAUGCGCCUCACAUCUCGCCGCUACUUGAUCCUCCGUACCAACAUGAAACUUACACUCCAGAGAGCCAAACAUUUGAUGGCUCGGCACUACCAUCAUUACAAACUGCAACUGCGCAUACGGCGGCAAAUACUGUUUCAGUACAGCUUCCCGGUAGCCUUGACGACCGUUUAUCGCAGUCGGAUACCCGAUCAACAUCACGAUCGCACCCUGAGACAUCCACCCCAAUACUGCUCUCCAGGAAUCGAGAAACCAAGGUAUUGCUUUCUCUUGAUGGAGAUGGUGUGCGCGGUCUAUCGCAGGUGCUUCUUGUGGAAUCGCUGGUGAAUGCCAUUUGUACCAAGCUAGGAGUCCAGGUCGAGCCGUACCAGAUAUUCGACCUGAUCGGUGGCUGCUCGAUGGGAGGCGUGUUCGGUCUUAUGCUAGCUCGUCUCCGAAUGCCAGCUCAGAGGGCUAGAGAAGCAUACAAAAUGGUCGCCAAAGAGGUGUUUCCCAACAAGAGGGAUUUUUUUACUUCCAUUGAUCCGAAUGCGCCACCACUCACUCACGAUGGACAAUCCGUGGAGAAUUCAGUGAGGGGCAUCGUUGCUCAAGAGCUCGGCGACCCUGAUGCGCCGCUUUAUGACAGCAGAGAGGAUGCAACCGAUGUCUUUGUAAUUGCCACGCGAAUCGAUAUAGGGACCAACAAAGCCGCUCUUAUGCGCUCGUUUCAGACACGCCGGAUCACUGGCCCGGAAAUUGAUGCUAACAUGACCGUGAGCGAGGCCAUGCGAUCCAGUUGCAUCUCCCCUCGCUACUUGCAAUCGAGAGAUAGCGCAGCUUGGAGACCUGUUAUUGAGCCUGGAAUCGUGGACCACGGCACGGCAAAGAACAAUCCAAUUCGCGACAUACUAUACGAAUGCCGCAAGUUGUAUCGAUAUACAAACGACAUGAUGGUCAUCGUGUCCAUCGGCAGCGGUCAAGGAUUCGAUCCGACUCGCGAACUUCCCGAAAUGACCAAAAGUGUUCAUGAGAGGUCACUCGAAGGAGGUGUCUGGGGCGAAAAAUUCGAAGCCGAUCAUUCGGCGCUCAUGGAAAGGGGUUGGAUGAAAUACUUUCGGUUUGACGUUCCCGAUUUGCACGACGUGCCACUCGAGGAGUGGUGUCAUGAAGACAGGAUCAAGGAGAAGACACUGUCCUAUCUGAGCCGGCCAGAUGUCGGAGCGAUGUUUUAUGCGUGUGUGGAUGCCAUCACAGCGGCGUUGUCUGGAGUUCAGCAUCGAUGAAGUGCUAGCUACAACU